CGCCCCGGAAGUGGGGCUAGCGGCGUGGCAGCUUCUUUCCGGUUCCUGCCUGGCGAGGACGCUUAGCGGCGACAUGAAGUUGCUCACCCACAACUUGCUGAGCUCGCACGUGCGGGGGGUGGGUCCCCGUGGCUUCCCCUUGCGGCUCCAGGCCACCGAGGUCCGUAUCAACCCCGUGGAGUUCAACCCCGACUUCGUGGCGCGUAUGAUACCCAAGGUGGAGUGGGCGGCGCUUCUGGAGGCGGCUGAUACCCUGCAUCUGGUCGAAGUGCCCAAGGGACCGGUUGAGGGGUAUGAGCGGGAUGAGACAUUUCUGAGGAAGAUGCACCACGUGUUGCUGGAGGUGGAUGUGUUGGAGGGCACUCUGCAAUGCCCAGAGUCUGGACGUCUGUUCCCCAUCAGCCGCGGGAUCCCCAACAUGCUGCUGAGCGAAGAGGAAACCGAGUCCUAACUAUGCCAGGCCCCAGCUGAUCAUUCUGUGACCGUGUAUAAUCAUUAUGUUUCUGUGCAUUAACGGUCAACGUUCAUCACCACUCCUCCACCGAAUGACACACUGAACGUACUGUGUUCUUGAGCUUGAUAUCAUAUAUAUUUUUUUCUCAUUAAAGUUUCAAAACCAAAA